UUAGUCAAACCAACUCCCUUUUCUUCAGCUCUCCAGCGCUCCCAUCAGGCUAAUCACCGAAAACGCAGCCAGCAGCAAACAUCAUCACCCUCCUCCUCUCACCCUCAUCCUGGGCCUUCUUCCAUCCUCCUCUCAGACACCACCAUGGCGCCUUGGGGAGGCCUGGGUCUCUCCGAAUCCUCCUUUACCUCAAUACCCCCACCUCCCCCCCCUCCUGCUCCUCAGCCCACACCGUCCACCCCUUGUCGUGGGAGACAUAACAAAGACGAAGAAGUUUCAAGUUUUAACUUUGAGGUUCCAUCUUCUUCCCCUGUUGCAGUCCCUCAGGACAGUGUAGGAAGAGGGGGUUCAAGGUUACGAGAGAGGCGAAGGGUGUUACCUCAGCGUCGGGUGCCUCGUCCUCCCCGUCUCCCACCACUGCGUCCUGUCACCAACCUGAGCUUCUCUCGGAGCUUCACCUUCUCUUUCUUUGAGCUGCCGCUACACCAGUCGCCUUGCUGCCGUGUCGAACGCAUCAGAAACCUCAUGCUGCUUCUGAGACAGAUACACUACUGAAGAGUCAGUGCUGCGUGGACAGUUAAUUCUUGUAUUUUCCUAUUCCAUAGAAUCUGUUUUGUUGAAUCUUUUGUUUCUAUAUUUAUUGUAAACAAAUUAAACUACUUGGGGAUCUCAUUAGAUCAGUGUGUAAAUGUUUUUUAAAUACUACAUUUUGGGUUUGAACUUUUGAACAUAUUGAACAUUAUUUGCCUAGUUCUUUUAUUUCACUUCGCCCAUGUUUAUCUCUGUUUCUGCAAGUAGAGGGGGUAGAAGGUUACGGGAGAGAUGACCCGUAACCUUCUACCCCCUUGGAAGUCAAAACUGUUUGACAUUUGUACUUGAAUCUUUUGUGUAUAAUAUUUCUGUAGAGGACAUUCUUUACUUUUAAUGACCUAAACUGGACUUUCCUUUUUAUUUAUUCAGCUGUGUAUAAUCCUGGAGUUGGACUUUCAUUUAUUUUUAAAUUUGAUGAAGAUUUAUUAUUGUGGAUAUUGAGAUUAAAAGGGCAAUAAAAAAAACCUGUGGAAAUAAAAGGGUUUUUUUCCAUUCUCUCUCACUUCUUUGUAACUACAUGUGCCACGCAAUCUUUG